AUGCAGUUGAAGUACGAUUCUCCCAAUUUGGUGCAACGGUUUCUGCUGGUGCUCUUCUACUACCAAACCACCAGGUACAAACCGUGGAAAGAAUGCAACCCAGUAGCAUCUCCCCAAGGGAGUGCAACAACCAAUUUCUGCUACCAACCACAUCUUACCACUGGUGAAGCAACAGUGCAAAUAUGGGGUGAUCAGUGGCUCUCUGCCAGUCAUGAAUGCAAGUGGGCUGGAAUUAGCUGUGAUGAAACUGUGCAAUCAAAGGAGAGGACAGUGGUUGAGCUACGCCUGCAUUGGAAUGAUCUUAAUGGCCUUCUUCCCUGGGAGAUCACAAGAUUGCCACUGCUAAGAUUUCUACGGCUCAACAACAACAUGCUGACUGGAGCACUGCCAACAGGACUCUUUUCCAAAAAGGCAGGUGUUGCCCUGGAAUCUCUUGCUUUGUACUCAAAUCAAUUUUCUGGCACUAUUCCUGCAGAAUGGUUUGCAAACCUGCUUGAAGGAAAUGGAGUACUUGCCUAUCUAGACCUGUAUGGAAACACCUUGACUGGGAAAAUUCCAUCUGAGUUGGGUCUGCUCUCUUUGAAAAACCUCAUACUCACAAGCAACACUCUGACAGGCUCUCUCCCACAAGAAAUAUUCAACCAAGGUUCUCUACAAGGGCUCUAUUUGGGGGAAAAUGAUCUCACUGGGACAUUGCCAAGCGAAGUUGGAUUGCUCACCAAUUUGAACUACCUGUACUUAACUACCACACAGAUUUCUGGUACCUUGCCCUCUGAAAUAGGUCUGGCAACUGUUCUGCGAGAUAUUCAUGUUUCCUACACCAACCUGCAAGGGACGGUCCCUAAAGAAUUGUUUGGACUCACAGAACUCAGGGCCUUUGUGGUCAUCAAUUGCAACUUCAAAGGGGCCAUCAGUUCAUCAGUUGGCCAAUUGACGAGGCUCGUAUGGCUGCACCUGGCAAACAACAACUUCCAUGGCACUAUUCCCAAUGAGAUUGAGACAUUGACGCAAAUAAAGGAACUUCUGGUGAAUGGGAAUGAUUUAUCUGGCACAGUUCCAGUCUCUUUCUGCCAGAAUCUUUAUGCUGGGGAAAUAGCUUCCAAGGUUGUGGCUGACUGUUUGCCCAAUCCAGAAACCGGAGUUCCUGCUAUCCAGUGUCCUUCUGGGUGCUGCACCAGUUGUUGCGACAAGACAGGAGUUUGCCUUGCCACUUGA